AUGGCAUUCAAAAGUCAACGCAAACACCCUCUCCACCGCAUUGGCAACUGGUUGCCAGCCGACCACGCAUCUCAUCGCGAAUGGCUCUGCAGCAUAAUCAAGACCGUCGACCGCAAUGAAACCCCAUUGCACCCCGUCCUUCAAGAGUUCCAGCACCUCAUCGAAACAAAUACCCGGGUCUACAUGCUCAUGACGGGCAUGUUUCGAGAGGUCCCUCACAAAAGCCCUUACCACCAUGAUCCCACCGGAAAGCCACAGAUCCGCGACUACGAGCAUUUUCUGCAGCUUCUCAACCACCUACUCAGCACGGCACCCGCAUGGACAGAUCAAUCCCACCGCGUCGGCCUUGUCGGCCUACCCAUCAACGCCAUCCUCGACUGGCCCAUGGGCACGGCCAGCGGCUAUGCAGCCUUCCUGGACCCGGAUAUUAACGCCAUGCUUAAGAAAGUUCUGAAUGCCUGGGGUGCAUUCCUGCGCUCACCCGCCUCAGCCCAGGUCCUGAAUGAUUCCCCGCAUGGCUGGUUCGGGGCUACCGGGGAACGAGACUUAACAGCCGCUGCGAGGAUCGGACCCACAGAUGCAUCUCACCUCCAGUUCCAUGACCUGUUUGAGUGCAAUCCGAGCGCGCCUUACCACGGCUUCUCGUCCUGGGAUGACUUCUUCACGCGCCGUUUCCGCGACGGGGUCCGGCCUGUUGCCGAGCCGGAUAACCCCCGUAUUAUCGCCAACGCUUGCGAAUCUAAGCCGUAUCGCACUGCUCAGGACGUGCGUGCCCGCGACACUUUCUGGAUGAAAGAGCAACCCUACUCUCUGCUAGACAUGCUGGGGCAUGACCCUCUGGCGCUGGAUUUCGUCGGAGGUACGGUCUACCAGGCGUUUCUCAGUGCAUUGAGCUACCACCGCUGGCACGCUCCCGUGUCGGGCAUGGUCAUCAAGGCUUUCGUCGUUGACGGCACCUACUACUCCGAGCCACUAUUUGAAGGCGUCGGGAAUCCCGAGGGGCGUGCGCAGGAAAUCGACCUUGCCGGCGAGGUUACUUCGCAGGCGUAUAUCACGGCCACGGCGACACGGGCUGUCAUUUUCUUUCAGGCCGAUGACCCGGCCAUUGGUUUGAUGGCGUUUCUGGGCGUGGGAAUGGCCGAGGUCUCCACAUGCGAGAUCUCGGUCAAGAACGGUGACCAUGUUGACAAGGGCGAUCAGAUCGGAAUGUUUCAUUUUGGCGGAUCGACUCACUGCCUGCUGUUUCGAAAGGGCGUGAAGGUCUCUGGCUUCCCGCAACCAGGGGUCGAGGAGAACGUGCCCGUGCGGAGUAGACUGGCGGUGGUGUCGUAG